CACCGGGAGAAACGUCUUGUAAUGCCACCAAAAUGAUCAAGAAAGGAUGCUACUAUGACCCUAGAUAUAGUGAAAGACUUCUUCCGAACCUGCUUCGAAAAUACCGAGAGGGAAUUGAUUGGAACGAAGGCUGGGACGAUUUUCUACAAAAUGUGACAUGCCAGUAA